AUGACGCCCAUGUGGCUGUGCUGGGCCCUGUGGGCGCUGCCCCUGACCGGCCCCGGAGCUGCCCUGAGCGGGGAGCGGAUCCUGGGAGGCCUGCUGCGCCAGCUGCACCUCAGCCAGGUGCCUGUCCUGGAUGAGGGCGACGUGGAGGCACUGGUCACCCCUGCCCAUGUGACGGCCCAGUACGUGGCCCUGCUGCGGCGCAGCCAUGGGGCCCACUCCCGAGGGAAGAGGUUCAGCCAGAGAUUCCGAGAGGUGGCCGGCAGGUGGCUGGCGACAGAGGCCUCCACGCACCUGCUGGUGUUUGGCAUGGAGCAGCGGUUGCCCCCCAACAGUGAGUUGCUGCGGGCGGUGCUGCGCCUCUUCCAGGAGCCGGUACCCAGGGCGGCGCUCCGCAGGCUCCAGCGGCUGUCCCCGCACAGCGCCCGCGCCCGCGUCACCAUCGAGUGGCUGCAAGUCCGAGACCACGGCCCCAACCGCACCUCCCUGGUGGACUCCAGGCUGGUGUCCCUCCACGAGAGCGGCUGGAAGGCCUUUGACGUGACGGAGGCCGUGACCUUCUGGCAGCAGCUGAGCCGGCCUCGGCAGCCCCUGCUCCUGCAGGUGUCGGUGCAGAGGGAGCACCUGGGCCCGCCGGCCUCCGGUGCCCACAGGCUGGUGCGCUUUGCCUCCCAGGGGCCCACGGGCGCCGGGCAGGGGGAGCCCCGGCUGGAGCUGCACACCCUGGACCUGGGGACCUACGGAGCUCAGGGCGACUGUGACCCCGAGGUGCCGGUGACGCAGGCUGCCCGCUGCUGCCGCCAGGAGGUGUACAUUGACCUGCGGGGGAUGAAGUGGGCCGAGAACUGGGUCCUGGAGCCCCCCGGGUUCCUGGCCUACGAGUGUGUGGGCACCUGUCAGCAGCCCCCGCGGCCCCUGCCCUUCGAGUGGCCACUCCUGGGGCCACGGCAGUGCGUCCCCUCGGAGACGACAUCGCUGCCCAUGAUCGUCACUGUCAAGGAGGGAGGCAGGCCCAGGCCCCGGGUGGUCAGCCUGCCCAACAUGAGGGUGCAGAAGUGUAGCUGCUCCUGGGACGGGAUGCCCGUGCCAAGGAAGCUGGAGCCUUAG